GCCCCUUAUCCAACCUCCCUGCCCCCUUACCAUGCUGUUCAGAGCAGCAUGUCUGGCAGUUGUGCCGCCUGGCCGGAGCCAGCCACGCUGCUGCACUGCCUGACAGGAGCUCGAAGCCCCGCCACCCAGAGCGUUGGCAGCACGGCGAGCUGAGGCUGCAGGGGAGGAGCUGGGGCCUAGGCCGCCCCAGCUGGGAGCUCAAGGGCUGGGCAGGACAGUCUCACAGGCUGUAGUUUGCCCACCUUUGCCUUAGCACCUCCAUCAACAUGAGCAGUUAUUAAAUUAAUUUAUUCUCUUUCUAUAUGGAGUGUUAGCUUAGAUAUAUUUGUAUAGAACCUAAAAUUAGUCUAAAGCUAUUAGUGUAGCUAUUAUGCCAAGAGUUCCAAAAAUAGGAGCCUAAAGCUAGGCUCCUACAUCCAUAUUUAAGCAUCUGAAUAAAGAGACCUGAUUCUCAAAAGUGUUGAGCACCCAGCAGCUCCUGUUGUCCUCCCUUGAAAGUCUCUUCCACUAAAGAAGAUGAAGGCUCCUAAAGGGAUUUUUCAGCCUUGUCUAGUCUGCUAAGUCAGAAGUGCUGCCCGAUGUGGAUCUGGACGCUUUCUUGGAGGAAGAACCAGUUCGGCUUCUAAGCUGCUACUUAUACCAUAGCUCCUGAUGAGGCUGUCUUGACUGCUUUCUCCUCUCUUCUGAGGGGCAGCAGGGCCUUUUAAGACCUGGUAGGCAAAAUGGCAUCCUGCUUUGGAUAUUCCUGUAGCAGCUUUGGUCAGCACAAUACGCUUGCUUUAGUCUGUCCAAAGGAGUGUUGAAUCCACCUGUCUCUGUGGCCUCAGUCUCUGAAUGGCUGUAGGUUUUUUGACAUGGUGAUAAAAAUGUCUGCAUUGGGUCUGCACUAGCUCACUCAACAGUGCAGUGGCACCAGUGCUAAACUAAUGCCAGGAAAAUCACUUGUGUAGACAAGGCCCAGGUGUGAAAGACUCCUCCCUGUUCUAUCCCUUUAGAUAACAUUUCUGCUUCUUUUAGCAUAUACCAUUCUAGUAAACCUGAAGGUUACAGUGGAAAUAGCCUGUAAUUAAUAGCUUUGAUAUAUCUUUCUUUUUUUCCUCUGUAUUACUCUUAUAUACACAUUUUUCCUUGGGCAAGAGUGAGCUGUCUUCCUAAUAUCUUUAAAGAGAUCAUCAUUAAUAUUAGUGUGGGUUGGACUUUUCACUGGAAUGGAAAAACUUGGUGCAGUUUGGAAAUAUAAAGUCAGACAGAGAACUGCAGAAGUGUAACAGGAGCAGGAGAAAAUAGCUUGUGCUGGUGAAAAGUGGCACCCAGAUUCUCCCUUUGAGUACCAUUACGUAUAUGACAAGCAAAAGGAGUAGUAAACAGUUUCUACUUAGCCAGUACCUACACAAUAUUUGUGGUUGUAUAAUAUAAGAACACAAGUGUAUACCCUCCUGUUUUAAUAUCUGGUAGACCAUUUUCCCCUCUACCUUUAAGUACAGCCUGUUUCCCUUGGUGCUUGAUGUAGGUAGGUAGACCUUCCUUUUUUCUAAAGCUUUAUUAGGCUCACAUUCUGCCCAUCUUGUUUGAAGCAUUUGGAAUUUGCCAGACUCCCAUUAUCGGAUAAAUACAGCUGCUGCCCAGGCCAUGCCAACCAUUUUAUUUACAUAUCGGAUAAAUGCAGUAUUGUUGCAAAACAGCAUCUUGUUAGUUUUAGUGAUUUUUUUUCCCUCCCAGUGUUGACAUCAGUCCUACAGCACUCCCUGCAGGUCAAAAGCGUAAAUAUAUAGACAUUGAUUCCAGUUUGAAAUUGCAAAUUAAAAAAAAAAUCAUUCUGUUUAUAUUUUAAAUUACCCCUUUGUGAACACUUUUUGCAAUGAAAGAAAAGAGUUGUCGCUCCCACCUCAGGACAUGACUGGUGUGAGAUAUAGGUGCGUGGUACUAACAAGAUGUGCGUACAGUGAGUAGUAUUUGUAGGCGUGCGGGUUUGGCAUAAGGUACACUUGUGUGUGGUGUAUGUACACUGUGCAGAUGGUAUACCUAUGGCUGGGUCAGAGAAGUGAGGUGCACAUAGGGUGUGAAUAUAAAAUGCACGCAAAUGUCCUGCGUGUAUGCAAGAUUCAAAUUAGAGGGUAUACUGUACACCUUACUCCAGCCACUGUUCUGGGCGCCAGGGUUUAAGCUUUAAUUCGUUUAGAAAAGCAUCGACUGGAUGCAAAGAAAACUUUCAAACGUGAACCAAAUGUUACCGAUGCGGGGGCGUCGGCCGCCGUUAGGAGGCAGCGCUGGGGGAAGUGAGAGUCGCCGCUCGCGUCAGCCCCGGGCGUGGCCGGGGGAGGCUCGGAGGCGCCGGUCCGCCCCGGGGCGGGGCUCGCCGCUUUGCGCGCCAGAAUUCGGAGCCCGGGUCCCGCCGCCAGCGCCCGGCCCGGCCCCGCCAUGUGCGCUGCGGUGCCUGGCUACUCGCCCGGCUUCAAGAGGCCGCCGGAGACGCUGCGGCUGAAGCGGAAAAGGGCCCGGAGGAGCGAGGCGGCCGCCUCCCCGCCCUGCCCCCGGGCGGACCCGGCCCCCACCCCUCGCCCUUUCCCCAGACCCGGGCGGCGCAAUCCCUUCUCCAGCCUGGACAACGCGCCGCGCCCCGGCACCGGCCCGCACCGCCCCCUGGGCUUCCCCGAGCUGCAGGAGCAGCGGCCCCCGCCGGGGAGCCGGACCCCCAAACACCCCCUCUGGCAGUUUUUAGAUCCUAUUCAAGAAAAUAAAUCCACCUGGAAAGAAGAGUGUUCUGAAAGAGCAGAUGUUACCACAUUAACCAAUGAUCUUCAUGUACCUGUUUCCAUACCUGAUGUUUCCUCCUCACCAAGCACAGAAUUUCCUGCAGACUGGAGUAUUAAAACUCGACUUCUGUUCACUUCUUCUCAACCUUUUACUUGGGCAGAGCAUUUAAAGGCACAAGAAGAGGCUCAAGGAUUUGCCCAGCACUGUAGAGCAACAUCAGUCAAUUUCCCACAAAGCAUACAGGAACCAAAGCUGUCCACGGAACUCCGCUGUGCAUUCCAGCAAAGUCUUAUUUAUUGGCUUCACCCUUCACUGCCAUGGCUACAGCUAUUCCCUCGUAUUGGAGCAGAUAGAAAAAUAGCUGGAAAGACUAGUUUUUGGUCACAUGAUGAAACACUGCAACAAGUUCUAAUGAGCGAGUGGUCUGUCAGUUUUACUUCCCUAUAUAAUCUUCUCAAAGCCAAGCUGUGUCCCUAUUUCUAUGUUUGUACCUACCAAUUUACUGUGCUGUUUCGUGCAGCAGGCCUUGCAGGAAGUGAUGUGAUCACAGCUGUUGUUUCCCCCACAACCAGGGGUUUAAGGGAAGCCAUGAGAAAUGAAGGCAUAGAAUUUUCUUUACCUUUGGUAGAAGAAACUAGGAGCAAGACUCAGAAAAACUCUGAAACAAACUUGGAUACAGAAGUUAACAGUCCUGAAACAGGCAAAAACACUGAAGAUGGAGAGGAACAAGGAGUGAGUGAUGAUGAAAGUUUCUCUUGGCUUGAGGAGAUGGGAGUCCAAGACCAGAUUAAAAAGCCAGAUGCAAUUUCUAUCCAACUCCGUAAAGAGAAAAAUGAAGUGCAAGUGGAUCACAAGCCUGAAUCUGUUGCGUUAGUGAAAGGAACAAACACAUUCAUGUUGCUGAACUUCUUGAUAAACUGUAAGAGUUUAGUGGCUGCUGCAGGCCCUCAAGCAGGGCUCCCACCAACACUGUUGUCCCCAGUUGCUUUUCGAGGUGCAACAAUGCAAACGCUCAAGGCUCGAAGCAUCAAUGUGAAAACACCGGUUCACUCAUGUUAUAAUGAUAUAUUUAGCUUGGAGAUCACAGGUCCCGUCAUGCCUCAUUGUCUGCAUACUUUGACCAUGCUGCUCAAAUCUGCACAGAGGGGAGCUUUUUCUGCUGUAUUAUACACCCAUGAGCCAACAGCAGUGUUUAACACUAAUAUAGAGAGAAUCUUAAAUAAGGAAACUACGUGCAAGGACCUCACUAAGUGUGGACUGCAUCUUAAAACCUUGGAUCAAUUGAUUCAACUUCCAACAUUAGGAAAGUCUUCCAUACGACUCCUAGAAAUGAGAGACUAUGCUUACACCUGGAAAUCCUAAGUAUGCUAUUUUGGCUCAUGAAAUGAGACUAGUAGUCUUUGGUCAACACUCUACAGAAGCUAUUGUGUACCAGGAGGGGAGAAUCGCCUACUUGCGAAAGCUUUUGGAUGUAGUGGAAAAGAACUUCUGUUGCACACAUCAUCACUCAUAAGACAACUUCCAGUAGAAAAACAAAUAUUCUGAACAGUCCAGCAAGAACGCUGCCUCUUUCAAAACCUGCAACAGCUGCAUUUGUCUUUAAUGUUUUUAAAUAAAAUGUUUUAUAAACAA